GUAUAUAUGGAGAGCCGCAGGCCCAACACUCCCUACUUCAUAUGUAGCAUUCAGGAUUUUAAACUGAGUAAGCGAGACCAUCUGUUACUGAGUGUUAAAUGGUACUACCGUCAGUCAGAGGUCCCAGACUCAGUCUACCAACACCUGGUGCAGGAUCGCAACAAUGAUAACGAUUCUGGCCGGGAGCUAGUCAUCACAGACCCAGUGGUCAAGAGCAGAGAACUCUUCAUCUCUGACUAUGUGGACACAUACCAUGCUGCUGCCCUCAGGGGGAAGUGUAACAUUGCCCAUUUCUCCGACAUCUUUGCUGCCAGAGAGUUCAAAGCUCGCAUCGACUCAUUUUUCUACAUCCUGGGAUACAACCCAGAGACCAGGCGACUAAACAGCACACAAGGAGAGAUCAGAGUGGGGCCUAGUCACCAAGCCAAGCUUCCCGAGCUGCAGCCCUUCCCCUCCGAGGCCCCGGAGGGCCUGGGUCAGGCUGUGACAGAGAAUGAGGAGCUGGUGUGGAUGCCAGGGGUCAACGACUGUGACCUGCUCAUGUACCUCAGGGCUGCAAGGAGCAUGGCUGCCUUCGCUGGCAUGUGUGACGGAGGUUCUACGGAAGACGGUUGCCUAGCGGCCUCGCGAGACGACACCACACUCAACGCACUUAACACGCUUCACGAGAGCAGUUAUGAUGCAGGCAAGGCCCUACAGCGCCUGGUCAAAAAGCCUGUUCCCAAACUCAUAGAGAAGUGCUGGUCAGAAGACGAAGUGGUAAGAAUGGAUUGUCAUCAGAAGAUUAAGGAGGAGUCUCCUAUGAAGAGUGUCAAACGCCAGAGAGAGAAGGGAGGAGCCUCAGACACCGAGGACACAGACAACAGGACAAGCGCCAAAAAGUCCAAGACCCAGGAGCUGGGUCGGUCCGACUCGCCGUCAGAAUGCGAGGGAGAGGGCGAAGGCGAGAGCUCUGACGGGCAUAGCGUCAACGAGGAGUGUAGCAGUGACGCUAAAGACAUUGACCAGGACAACCGCAGCUCCUCGCCCUCCAUCCCCAGCCCCCGAGACGGGGAGAGUGACUCGGACUCCUCCGCCCAGCAACAGCUGCUCUUACUGCAGAGACAAGAGAGAGAGAGGGAGAGGGUGAGAGAGGGGCAGUCGCAGCACCCUCCGGUUACCCAGUCUUGUCAGCCAGGGACCUUCUGUGGUCGCUCCACCACCCCUCCAUUACCUUCCACGUCCUCCUCAGCCCCCUCACUGGUCCCCCAGGUCCCACCCUCCUCCGCACCCCCCACUUCUCUUCCACUGCCUCUACCGCCUCCUAUGCCCCAACAGGCCGGCCCCCUCUCUCUCAUCCAAUCGGGGGCGUCGCUCCACCCCCAGAGGCGGCCCUCCCCCUUGCCUCAUUCUCCACAGCAGGGGAUGUCUCAGGCUCCACCCCCAGGACCGCCAGGCUCCACCCAGUCGCUACCAAGCACGUUCCACGGCCCACUGCCCCACCCAUCAUCCAUGCCACACCCACUCCAAACUGGCCCCUCUCACCUGCCCCACCCCCACUCCCUGCCCCCUCAAAGCUUCCCAUUGGGCCCCCAGUCUCAGGUCCCGCCCUCCCCGCUCCCUCUCAGUCAAUCGCAGCAGCCGUCUCACAGGGCCCACACGCCCCCCGGCCAAUCAUCGUCGUCCCAGGGUGGCUCGUCCAAUCAGCCGCCCCGCGAGCAGCCCCUACCCCCCGCCCCUUCCAUGUCCAUGCCCCACAUCAAGCCUCCUCCCACCACCCCCAUCCCCCACAUGCCCAACCGCGACCCUCAGUCUCACAAACACGGGCCUCCACACCUCUCAGCGCCCCCCUUCCCCCAGAUGCCCUCCAACCUGCCCCCUCCACCCGCCCUCAAGCCCCUCUCCUCCCUGUCCACCCACCACCCUCCUCCUGCCCACCCUCCUCCCCUCCAGCUCAUGCCCCAGGGCCCAGGCCAGCAGCUCCAGCCUCCACCAGCCCAGCCCCCUGUCCUCACCCAGUCCCAGAAUCUCCCCAUUUCAGAGAGAGAGCGAGGCAGCCAGCACCACCCUCCUCCUCCUCUACCCCCGUCCGGACCAUCACCAUCCUCCCACCCCAACACAUCCCAACAGUCCCCGUUCCCUCCUCACCCGUUCGCCCCUGUCCUGCCCCUCUCCUCCUCUGGCUGUCCUCCCCCCUCCUCAUCCUCCUCUCUACCACCAGGCCUCCAGCCCCCCUCUUCCUCCAUCUCCAUGCCCCUCCCAGCCUCCGUCGGCUCCGCCUGCCCAGGUCCCGCCCUCCCACCUGUACACAUCAAGGAGGAACCUCUCGACGAAUCAGAGGAGCCCGAGAGCCCUCCGCCCCCUCCACGGAGCCCCUCCCCCUCCCCUACCAUCGUCAACACGCCCAGCCAUGCUAGCCAAUCAGCACGGUUCUACAAGCAUCUGGACCGUGGCUACAACACGUGUGCUAGGACAGACUUCUAUUUUACUCCUCUGGCUGCUUCUAAACUGGCCAAGAAGAGAGAAGAAGCACUGGAGCGGGUCAAGAGGGAGGCCGAGCAGAAAGCCCGGGAGGAGAAGGAGAGGGAGAAGGAACGAGAGAGGGAACGGGAAAGAGAGAAGGAACAGGAGAGAGCUGUGAAAGCCUCCAGUUCGUGUCACGACGGCCGUAUGGGUGACCCCCAGAUGGGUGGCUCCGCCCACAUGCGUCCUCCCUUCGACGGCCCCCCUACCUCCAUCGCUGCAGUGCCCCCCUACAUCGGCCCCGACACGCCCGCCCUGCGCACCCUCAGCGAGUACGCCCGCCCCCAUGUCAUGUCCCCGACCAAUAGGAACCACCCCUUCUUCGUCUCCCUCAACCCCAACGACCCCCUGAUGGCCUAUCACAUGCCUGGUCUCUACAACGCCGACCCGGGCAUGCGGGAGCGCGAGCUGCGAGAGCGGGAGAUGAGGGAGAGAGAGAUGAGGGAGAGGGAGCUGAGAGAGAGGAUGAAGCCUGGGUUCGAACACAAACCCCCGGAACUAGAAGGCAUGCACCCCUCGGCUAACCCCAUGGAGCACUUCGCCCGACACGGCGCCAUCUCCUUACCUUCCAUGGCGGGACCGCACCCCUUCGCCUCCUUCCACCCGGGUCUCAACCCCCUGGAGAGAGAGCGUUUGGCGUUGGCCGCGGGACCCCAGCUCAGACCAGACAUGAGCUACCCGGAGCGGCUGGCGGCGGAGAGGCUGCACGCCGAGAGGAUGGCGGCGGUGGCCAACGACCCUAUCGCCAGGCUUCAGAUGUUCAACAUCACGCCUCAUCACCACCAGCACUCCCACAUCCACUCACACCUGCACCUGCACCAGCAGGACUCCCUGCACCAAGGCGGUGGUGAAUGUCUUGUGUGCCCUCCAGGUUCGGGGGGGCACCCCCUCGUAGACCCCCUGGCAGGAGGCCCGCAUCUCGCCCGCUUUCCCUACCCGCCCGGCGCAAUCCCCAACCCCCUCCUGGGACAGAACCCACACGAACAUGAGAUGCUGCGACACCCGGUCUUCGGUACUCCGUACGCCCGGGACCUUCCUCCCCAGAUGUCCGCAGCCCACCAGCUCCAGGCCAUGCAUGCCCAGUCUGCAGAGCUGCAGCGGCUAGCUAUGGAACAGCAGUGGCUGCAUGGACAUCACCACAUGCACGGUGGCCCACUUCCUGGACAAGAGGACUAUUACAGCCGGCUGAAGAAGGAAAGCGACAAGCAACUGUAACCGACCAAAUGGGGACGCAGGAAGUUGCCUAGGACACAGGAACAGGAAGUAGUUACAGAGCAGUCGGUCAGUCAGAGGAACUCGACCUCCGCCCCUCCCAAAACAUUUCCCGUUACGAAGAACAACAAAAAAACUGAAGAGAAAAAAGAGGAGGAAGAUUUUUCUGUUGUCUGUUUUCCUUCCAUGUCUGUUUUCUCUUUUCGUUAAGGACAUUGAGAGACGUUGUUUGGUGUAACUACAGCCUUCUAGUAGUGGCACCGACUUCAAGACUGAUUGUGACUUUCCUGCAUGAAAACUCCUCUAAAGCUUCCACAACGCGUUUGUAGGUAGCACACGUUCACUGUGCUAGUCGACGGAAAGGAAACAAGACGGGAAAAGAGAGUUCCAGACAUUAUAUCCACGGAAAGAUUCAAAAACUAAGUGCUAUUGUUAUUUUAAUACAUUAUUGGAGGUUUUCAUAAUUUGAACGAAAAGCUGCAGCAUGGCAUUUUUUUGAGUCUGUAAAUAGUAUAUAUAUAUACAUAUAAUUAUUAUUAUUAUAAUUGUUACUAGGUGUGGUCUCUGAACCAAGUCAUUUAUAAACCUCCAAUAUGUUAUUGUGUUCUGAAGCAUUAUGCCUUGUUUUAACGGGGGAGGGGGCAACAUAGCAUUACUAUAACAGCCAAAGGGUACAGCGAUGGUCCCAGUCCUGUGGUGUGGGGGUACCUCAGAGAGCCGUAUAGUCCCAGACUCUCACCUACACAAGACUGUCCCAUCCACCUCCUUUCAUUAUACACCUCUUGACAAGCACCAUAUUGUCAGACAGAAUGCCUGAACUUACUGCGUUGAGUUAAUGAUUUGAGACCCUUGAAGAGGACUGACUAUAUCUCAGUCACCAAGUCAUCUAUGGAUCAGCAUAUCCCCCUGUCCUGCCCUGUGCUGUCCUGCCCUGUGCUGUCCUGUCCUGCCCUGCCCUGUCCUGCCCUGCCCUGUAGUGUACAAUACCCUGAUGCAGACAUCAUCUAUUGCACUCCAAGGAAGACUAGAUAGAAUCCCUCAGUUACUACUCUAUGGAUGUUAGGUUACUACUCUAUGUGGAAGACUAGAUAGAAUUUCUCUGUGCUUUUAAUUGAUUUUGACACUCGACUAUGGAGUCAACAUAAUUAAGAAACAUUUAAAAGUUUAUAGGCAGAUUUUUAAAACCUGUUUUACAAUUUUCUUAUACAAUGUUUUAAAAUUGUCUUCGUGUCUUCAAGCUACACUGAGGCGCCAACAUGUGUUCUGAUCUGACUGUGGGUGAGUGGACUUGAACAAGGGUGCUAGAGGGAACUGCGGGUGGUGACGAUGGUGAUAACCCUGGUUUCCUCACUCCUCUAUUUGUCCAAGUGUGGCUGCUACAGCAAGACUUCUCUAGCCUGGUAUAUUUGUGCUGUCUUGACAACUCCUAGGGUACCAGGCUAGUGGUUCUCCUCCAUGAGGGGAUCCUGAUAUACUGUGUGCUGUGCUGCCAUAUUCACUGUGACUAACAGGCCUAGCUACAUGGGAGGACGUGGGUCCAGUACUGGGUCCAGAUUCUAUCUAACAGGCCUAGCUACAUGGGAGGACAUGGGUCCAGUACUGGGAGCAGAUUCUAUCUAACAGGCCUAGCUACAUGGGAGGACAUGGGUCCAGUACUGGGAGCAGAUUCUAUCUAACAGGCCUAGCUACAUGGGAGGACGUGGGUCCAGUACUGGGUCCAGAUUCUAUCUAACAGGCCUAGCUACAUGGGAGGACAUGGGUCCAGUACUGGGAGCAGAUUCUAUCUAACAGGCCUAGCUACAUGGGAGGACGUGGGUCCAGUACUGGGUCCAGAUUCUAUCUAACAGGCCUAGCUACAUGGGAGGACGUGGGUCCAGUACUGGGAGCAGAUUCUAUCUAACAGGCCUAGCUACAUGGGAGGACAUGGGUCCAGUACUGGGUCCAGAUUCUAUCUAACAGGCCUAGCUACAUGGGAGGACAUGGGUCCAGUACUGGGAGCAGAUUCUAUCUAACAGGCCUAGCUACAUGGGUCCAGUACUGGGAGCAGAUUCUAUCUAACAGGCCUAGCUACAUGGGAGGACAUGGGUCCAGUACUGGGAGCAGAUUCUAUCUAACAGGCCUAGCUACAUGGGUCCAGUACUGGGAGCAGAUUCUAUCUAACAGGCCUAGCUACAUGGGAGGACGUGGGUCCAGUACUGGGAGCAGAUUCUAUCUAACAGGCCUAGCUACAUGGGAGGACAUGGGUCCAGUACUGGGUCCAGAUUCUAUCUAACAGGCCUAGCUACAUGGGAGGACGUGGGUCCAGUACUGGGUCCAGAUUCUAUCUAACAGGCCUAGCUACAUGGGAGGACGUGGGUCCAGUACUGGGAGCAGAUUCUAUCUAACAGGCCUAGCUACAUGGGAGGACGUGGGUCCAGUAUUGGGUCCAGAUUCUAUCUAACAGGCCUAGCUACAUGGGAGGACAUGGGUCCAGUACUGGGAGCAGAUUCUAUCUAACAGGCCUAGCUACAUGGGUCCAGUACUGGGAGCAGAUUCUAUCUAACAGGCCUAGCUACAUGGGAGGACAUGGGUCCAGUACUGGGAGCAGAUUCUAUCUAACAGGCCUAGCUACAUGGGUCCAGUACUGGGAGCAGAUUCUAUCUAACAGGCCUAGCUACAUGGGAGGACGUGGGUCCAGUACUGGGAGCAGAUUCUAUCUAACAGGCCUAGCUACAUGGGAGGACAUGGGUCCAGUACUGGGUCCAGAUUCUAUCUAACAGGCCUAGCUACAUGGGAGGACGUGGGUCCAGUACUGGGUCCAGAUUCUAUCUAACAGGCCUAGCUACAUGGGAGGACGUGGGUCCAGUACUGGGAGAAGAUUCUAUCUAACAGGCCUAGCUACAUGGGAGGACGUGGGUCCAGUACUGGGUCCAGAUUCUAUCUAACAGGCCUAGCUACAUGGGAGGACAUGGGUCCAGUACUGGGUCCAGAUUCUAUCUAACAGGCCUAGCUACAUGGGAGGACGUGGGUCCAGUACUGGGAGCAGAUUCUAUCUAACAGGCCUAGCUACAUGGGUCCAGUACUGGGUCCAGAUUCUAUCUAACAGGCCUAGCUACAUGGGAGGACAUGGGUCCAGAUUCUAUCUAACAGGCCUAGCUACAUGGGAGGACGUGGGUCCAGUACUGGGUCCAGAUUCUAUCUAACAGGCCUAGCUACAUGGGAGGACAUGGGUCCAGUACUGGGAGCAGAUUCUAGGAAGUGGAGGUGUAAUGUCGGUGGUCCUAUUGCCUCCAGGCUCUCGCUGUUCUCCCCUGCUGGCUGGUCAGCCGUCCCCUCAGCCUGCACAGCUUCUCCUGGCCUCCCCUUCAAUGCCGGGGGUGUUGAGUGUACUGUACGCCAUGCCAUUGACUGUUCUGUUCAGUUCACCUAACUGUCAUACCAGUCUACUGGCUGUUAGCUCUCACCUAUCCUAUGUUAGCCUAUGGUCAAGUUCCUUCUACUCCUCUCUGGUCCGUCCAUGUGCUCUGUUUGUCUGUCUGUUCAAUGCACAUUCACUCAUCUCAUGUACUCCUCUUCAUCUGCUGCCUCCUCCUCUUUCAGACACCACCCUCCUCUUUCUGACACCACCCUCCUCUUUCUGACACCACCCUCCUCUUUCUGACACCACCCUCCUCCUCUUUCUGACACCACCCUCCUCCUCUUUCUGACACCACUCUCCUCUUUCUGACACCACUCUCCUCUUUCUGACACCACCCUCCUCCUCCUUCUGACACCACCCUCCUCCUCUUUCUGAAACCACCCUCCUCCUCUUUCUGACACCACCACCCUCCUCUUCCAUCUGACACCACCCUCUUCUUCCUGCCUUUUCGUGUUCUCUCCUCUCCUCCAAACCCUUGGAUGUUAGGUGUUGUCAAUGGUUUAUCUUCUCAUUUCCAAGCAGCAAUAGCAGAAUGUCUACACAUUCUGACCGGCUAAGAUUUAUAUAUAUAACUGGUAUCUUGAAGCAUAUUGUAUAUAUUAGUAGUCACCAUGGGGAUGAUGACAUGACAAUGUAAACAAAAAGUAGAAAUAAUAAGAAAAAGUGAGUCCUGUGUUCUCUCUCCAUUUGAGUAUUUUGUAAUUUUUUUGAAAAAUGUGUGGAAUUAAAAUAAACGACUAAGUUACACCUCAA